UGCUCGAUAGUGACCGGUGGAAAAGUACAAGACAUGACUUGGCAGGAUCUUGAAAAAAUCCUCAAUGCCACCAGUAACGGCCUAUUCUUACAACAAAUCGAUUCAAAAGAUGGAAAUGAGUCAUGUAGAUGUUUUUCUAUACAAUACUCAAGUAAGUAUUUUCUCUCUUUGCCCCUUUUUGAAUUCACGAUGACGCAAAAAACAUGUGGCAGUUUUCUGUCUCUUGUUACAUGAAUUAUUGGUGCGAAUCCAAUGAAGGCCUCUUAACAUUUCAAAGGAGAUUUCAGUUCAGCUAAAGCACUCUUUACGGUAAAAGUAAUCGUUAAACUAGAAACGAUACAUUCGUUUUGUCCGGCUGAAUCACGGGGCCUUAACUGAAUAGGUUAGUAUCGGAACCGAUUUGCUAAUUAAAAAUCAACAUCAAGGGCUAGGCUGGUCCGUAUUAGGGAGGGGAGAGUGAAGGAUAGCUUGAAUUCAAAAUGUUUACCUCCAUGCAGUAAAGCUCAACUAGGCAAAACUGUGACCCAAUAGAAUUAUGGGAAUUUUUGAAGAACCUAAUAUUUGCAUUUCCCUUUGGCUGCAGAAAACAAAGGCACGAAAACUGGUCAUGAUACCAAGACCUUACAGUAAUAAUCUUCGCUGGCGUGCGAUUUGUCCAGGAAUUGCUGUUUGAGACCUUUUACGCUCGCGAAAUGCGGCGCUUUUCGCAGCUUAUACGUGUCAUGCUCCCUCUUUUUAACUUUCAUCAGCACCCCCAUUUUACUCAAUAUUAUAGUUACCGCCGUGAAGAACGUUCUUCUUUUAGAAAGUCAGGAUCAUUGUACCCAAAGUUUCUUUCGGUCCUCGUAUUACCUAUUGCGUGUUUCAGAUGUCAAAAAUAGCUGUAAACUGUACAUUGUAACUGAGUGAAUGACUUAUGAGCCUAGGAAGUACAAGACUAAGUUUAAAUGACUGGGUGCAUGACUUAUGAGCUUUGAAAUUAAGACGAAGAAUUCCUUCUCAGUUCCAGUUAAGACAGUAUCGAAGACAAGUUCUCCCGUUGACUACUAUCCUGACACGAGACAAAUGGAACUGAGUUGUACCUUCAAGGGAUGGCCUCGUCCUCGUGUAGUUUGGUACAAUCCAGAUAAAAAACAAAUCAUCAACGGAUCUGAAGGUUUUUACAUCUCAGAGCAGCUGGUUGGAAAGGAUACCUUAAAUUCCGUUCUUCGUAAUCUUAAUAUCCAAGAAAAACACGAAGGGGAUUAUAAUUGCACUGCAACGAACAACAUUACCCGCUGGUCGAGUAAAAAAUCAAAGAUAAUUGAGCUGGAUUAUAGGUGUAAGUGGUCUGAUUAG